AUCGGAAGUGUAACGUUCCCUGUCUUUCCCCGCACCGUGUACUGAAAACAAGAACGCAUGUCAGUCCAUUUUUUGUGACUGAAUAUUUCAGGUUCUUUUUGUACACGAACUCAUACCUGCUGCUCGGAGACACAUUCUGCGUUAAAAAGACAAACAGCCACUCCUGUCUUUCUUUCUUUCAAGCUGGCGAAGGAACGUGAAGGCUGUCGGUUAUAAUGUCACAGGCCACUAAACGCAAACACGUUGUCAAGGAGGUUCUUGGAGACUUUGUCACACCCACAGAAAACCAGCAGAUCGUAAAGGUAACUGGGAGCCGUGGUAACAACCUACAUGAUGCUGUAACAGCUCAGGGUGAGACCUUCUUGGUGAGCAUGCCCACCAAGUUCCGCAAGAACAUCUGGAUCAAGAGAGGUGACUAUGUGAUUGUGGAUCCUAUUGAAGAAGGAGAGAAGGUGAAGGCAGAGAUCAGCUUUAUUCUCUACAAGGAUCACAUUCAAUACCUACAAAAACAGAACCUCUGGCCAGAGGGCUUUAUGGACGAGCAUUCGACGCAGGAUAAGACAAAGAAAAAGCUGGAAAAGGACGAGGACGAGGAUGCUAGCGAUUCUGAAGAUGACGAUAGCGACCUCUUUGUAAACACUAACCGCUGUAACUAUCAGUACAGUGAAAGUGAGGAGGAGGAGGACGAUAGCGAAGAGGAUGAGGACAGGGAUCAGGACAAAGAGAAAAGAAGGGAAAAUGCCUCAUAGCAGCAGCACUGAGGACACGGACAAUCAGGAGUUGUGAAACAGAUGCGACAGCAUGCUCUCCUGUAUUGCUGUCAUCACUGACUGACGCUAUGAUGAUCUGAAGCAAUGGUCCACCUGCAACAGCGCCCUCUGCAGUUCAUGUACUGAAUGGCUGGGCUCAUUCAAUGUAUUUAGUAAUUCCUGCUUGUUUUACAAAUCUGUGAGAUUAAAAUGUAUCUGAAAUUUAACAUGGGAUACAUUUCUAGUGUUUUUUUCUGAUGAUAGGUCCAUUGCACAUCACUGGUACCUUAUAUAAAAGGGCACACAGUAUAUUUGUACGAUGGCGUUAAAUUUAUGCAACCUUUUCCAUAGAAACCUGUUUAAUUUUGCUGCCAAAGAAAAUCCAAAUGUCCUAUUGGUGCUGGAUAUGGUUCUAAAAAUUAUUGUAUCAGCUUGAGUUACAAAUGAAAGCUGUUUUAUUUUCAUCUUAUCCAGCAGCAAAAGUUAAUUUGUGAAAUGACUGAAAAGCUUUUGAAAUGGAAUAAAUCCCAAGCAGAGUAUGCUUAUGUCACACUGACUCGAUAUCUUCCUGUGCAUGUCUCCAUCUUGCCGGAUUCAAGACUUAAUCCUGAAUGCAUUUCAUUAUUACGCAGUCAAGCAGCCAUCUCCUCCGGAAAAGGAGCAUAUCUGGAAAAAAAACUACAAUAUAUGGAUUCUCAGAAAUUACAUCACAGUGUCGCCAGCGCACAGAAAAUUCCUACUGCAAGUGGAACCAGUCCCACGCCUUUUUGGCUGACACAUUUCUUCCCCCAAGGUGUGAGAAAACUUCGUCAUAACUCACAUGACAUUGAACAGAAGAGAGAUGAUUCCUGUCAUUACAAUUUUGCUCUCACUGAGUAACUGCACAAUGAAAGCAUCUAUGUCGUAUUUUGACAAAAAUAAUUUUAAAUAAGAAUGUACACUCAGUUUUUUCAAAAGCCCAUGAAUACCUGAAAUGUAUCCUACAAUAAUUAUAUCAAAUAAUACAUGUAGUGAAACACUGCGCACUAAUCUAUACAUGAAUUAAACACUGCAGUUAUACACACGGAGCUGUUGAAGGAGCUUUAUUGGAUUUAACGCUCCACUUUGUGACAGUGCACAAAACUGGAGGAGAACAGACCUGUUUUUCCUCCCUGUCAAGGACGGGAAACACCAACCAACUCCACCUUUGCCUGACGCCUUUAGCCUCAGUGUUUGGAUGAAUGCCAAUCUCUUAUUUAUCGCCUAAAGUUUAAUACUGUAGUCCACUAUCAGUUGGAUUUUAAUUUCACUUGUAAUGGGAUGAGAUUGUUUCAGUCUUGAUCAUUUAUGAACUCAGACAUGAAAAUCCAGAUAUAUAUUACAAUAAAACAGAUAUCACAUUUGUUUGGUUUGUUUUGAGCCUUGGCACUGCAAAACUAGCUCAGCUGCUGUAACCUGAAACUCAAAUACCUGUUGUCUUGUUUAACUCAUUCAAUUCAAUUCAGUUUUAUUUAUAUGGUACGGUGGCCCUGAGAGGCCGAAUGGACUGCAACUUAAGAAAACACCAGCAAUAAGAAUAAUGCUGCAAAAGCACACAAAACACAACGGAAAUAGGAAAAAACUGAUUUCCUAAAGCACAAGGGAAGUGUUCCUGGGAGACACCUCUGGCAAAACCAGGUUCAGGGGCAG